AUGGCGCAGACAUCAGACCUCCAGCUGCCGGCGUUUGUCGACUCGGUUUCAUCGCUCGCGUUCCACCCGUCGAACCCGAACUUGCUGCUCGUUGGAAGCUGGGACAGGACCGUCUACCUGCACGACUUGCGAAACCCUACAAACCCGCGCAAACUUGCGAUUCGAGGAGCGGUGCUGGAUGUUGCAUGGGCAGGGCGGAGCGAGACGCUCGCAUACGUCGGCGGACUGGGCAAGGAGGUCCGAUCGCUCAACUUCGACUCAAACGAGAGUCAGCUCAUUUGCAAGCACGACGACGCAGUGCGGUGUGUGGAGUGGAGCCAGGAGCUCAACGCCGUCGUCUCCGGCUCGUGGGACCAGACCCUCCGGAUAACUCGCAUCGACCCCUCAACAUCCCAGCCCUCCCCCUCUCCUCUCAUCCUCAAGCUCCCUCACAAAGUCUACGCCCUCUCCGUAUCGAAGACCAAGAUCGUCUGCGCGAUGGGCGGGCGGAGCGUGCACAUCUGGGACAUCGCGGCGGUGAAGAAGGCGCUGGACGAGGGCAAGAGCGGGGACGAGGUCGAGCCGUGGCAAAUGCGGGAGAGCAGUCUCAAGUUCAUGACGCGGGCGGUCAAGAUCAUGCCGAACGAGCAAGGCUACGUCACGACUUCGAUCGAAGGCCGGGUCGCAGUCGAGUUCUUCGACCCCGCAUCCGACGUGCAGGCGAAGAAGUACGCCUUCAAGUGCCACCGACAAGUUAUCGAGGGCGUCGACACGGUCUACCCCGUCCAGGGGCUGGCCUUCAACUCUGUCUGGGGCACCUUCGCGACCGGUGGCGGCGACUCGACCGUCUCCCUCUGGGACCCGGCAGCAAAGAAGCGUCUCCGCCAAUUCCCGAAAUACCCUGCGCCCAUCUCCGCUCUCGAGUUCAACGCCGACGGAACGCAACUUGCGAUCGCUUUCUCGCAGGACGACGAGGGAGCGGGAUCGGGAAGUGGUGGAGCGGGAGGAGGGAACGGUGUCUGGAUCAGGGCGUGCGGGGACGAGUGCAAGCCCAAGUCGAAGGCGUAG